AUGGAAAAACUUGACCUUGUGGAAAAGCUCAAGCAGCGAGAUUGUCGUGAAAAAGCCUAUGUUCAAGUCAUUGAACCAUACACGGAGCUAUUUCACUCAACGCUGUCCCUCAAUCAAAGAGAACCAGAUGUGGAUGAAAAAGAACCUCUUAAGGAAGAUGAAAGACCAUCUCUCCACCUGGGUGCUCCGUCCAUGUCGCUUCAAGCCAUGACCGAUGAACUUCGGUCGCUCCGACGCACUUGCGAAUUGUAUCAAAGGAACAUGCAAAAAUCACAAUUUACCUAUAAACAACAGCUACAAGAAAACUUGCUUUUGGAAAAGCAGCUUUCCUUGCAGAAGGAACUGAACGUUGAAAAGGACAAACGCAUUCAUCGUUUGCAAGAUGAACUAUUGGCACUCCAACUCGAAAUGACUUCCCUCGAACGUAAAUCAGCAGGUUCAUGA